ACGUUUUACGAGCUCACGUCCCCCUGCGCUCAGAGCUUCCGGUUGAAGUGUAAAUGGAUACAUGACACAGUUGUUUGGAGGAAAGAAAUCUUUCUGGAAAACCGUUCACGUCCACAAAACCACCGACGGGGUCUUGACAUCGUAACCGCCGACGGCCUCCUGUAGAGCCGGCCGCGAUGGAGGCGGUGCCGCGGAUGCCGAUGAUCUGGCUGGAUCUGAAGGAGGCAGGGGAGUUCCAGUUCAGCCCGGCCGUCAGGCAGGUGAGCUGGGGUGGGGAAGGAGCAACAGGGCUGAGGUCGAAAGUCAACCGAACAGGGAUUAUGGACGACUGGAUCAACCCUGUCAGGGAGCUAACGUUAGCAGACGGUCAAACACACAGACGGCUGCGGGUGUCUGUGGGGGAAAUUUCCAGAAGGAGUCCGUGAGGUCUGAGGUUCUCCCGGACCACCGCCUUUUGUUUGCUAACAUUAGCCUCCUGCUAGCUGAUAAUAAGCUAACAGCUGAAGUCGAAGUUCAUAAUUAGGCCUGAAGAGAGAGGUUCACUUUAAUGAGAAUAAACAAAAACAGAUAAUUCAGGUCUGAAUCAGAGCUCCUCCUCACGGCCCAGUCUGGAGACGUUCAUGGAAAUCCUCAGCAGUGAUCUCAUGAUCACAUGAACAUGAACUUCAGAGGUUUCUGUGAGAUUUAGACUGUCUGCUAAAAGAAAGAAGGGAUCAAAACAACUAAACUAGUGUCUCUGUCAGGAUGAUUUAUGUGUUUUUAAUCUGAAAAUACUACAGGAAACGUCAACAGCAGACAAAGUUUCAUCAGUCUCAGUGUUUCACAAUCACUCAAAACUGGUUUCAACUACUUUUCUGUUGUGAUUUAGGUGAAAAAUAUCAAUACAUAGAUAGAUAGAUAGAUAGAUAGAUAGAUCUACUUUAUUGAUUCCAAACUGGAAAAUUCUCAUGUUACAGCAGCAAAAAACACAAAAUAAAAUUAAAUAUAAGAAGAAGAAGUAUGUACAGGGCAGACUAAAAAUACUAGAUAUAAACAAGAAAUACAGACUAAAUAUAGAGAUGAGAUAUGAAGAACAUGGGCUAUUGAAAUGAGUAAUAAAUAUGAAAUGCGAAAUAUACAGAUGGGAUGAUAAAUAAACAUUUAUUAUCAUUUCUUUAUGGAAAUACAAUCAGACCGAGACACUAAGGCGGAAGAACAACAGUGUCUGCAGUGAAAAAUGGUUAAUAUGAUGAUUAUUGUUUCAAGAAAAUGAUAAAGAAAUAAUCAUAAAUGUUCUUCAAGCAGCUGCUGGAAGAGAGUAGGAAAGGUGAUUUUAGUCUCUUUGCUAAUAAAAUUAGUCAAAGUUGGUGUCUAGUACUAUGUCUGUGACCCUAUAUGUCCUGUUGAUGAAGUUAGGUGCUGCUCUGAGCAUUAUUUGUGGCUAUAGAGUGGCGUUUUGGUUGAGGUUUGUUUAUGGCUCCUCAGACCGCUGUGUAUUUCUAUCCUGCGGUCGUUACUAAAGUUGGUAUAACUAGAGAAGCAAGCGGUCGACAACAUUCAUCUCUCGGGGGCGUGUCUAACUGGGUGUUGAGGUGUGUUUGACCCUAAAUUAAUUUUAAGCUGGAAUAUCCCUUUAAUACAGAUUUCUCUAAUAAUCAGGUUUUGUGUUGAAAAUCAUGUCCUACAUCCGAGCUAACUAACCCACUUGUAAAAUGAUAAUAGUGAGUACAAACUAAUGACUCAUUUGUGUCUUAAUCUGGUGACUCAUUUUCAACAAAACUCCUCCUGCUGAUAAAACAGGAGACCUUUGCUCUCUUGGGUUCCAGUAUUUUCUUCUCCUGUUAGUUACUCUGAACUUAAAUGAACUUCCCACACCUGUGCUGUCACUCAAAAGAGCCGUGUUCAAACUGUUGUCUGACGUUCAUCUGUAAAGAGGUGCUCAGAAAUAUUUCACAUACAGAUCUAAUGAUAUGACUCCUACUGCAGAUUAUAGUCCAAGCUUUGUAGACAGUUAUUAUUAGGAUUUUUAAUAUUAGGUCUCAUUUUGAAAGAAGGAAAUAUAUAACAUGCAGAAUAUCUGAUUAUCAUUUUGCCUAUAAUCAGUGACAGUUUCAUCCCCUCUCCAAACGGAGGCCAGUUUGCAUACAGAGGGUAGUAAAAUAAGACAAUAACGCUCUUGUUGCUGUGUCAUUGUGCAGAGUUAUCCCAGCCCUGCUUUCAUUAUUUAAUCAAGUCUAACAGACAAAAAAGGUUUGUCUGCAGCGUAUUUCACCUCCUGACCCGGUAUCGAGCAGCACUCUGCUUAUCACAGCGGCUCAUGGGGAUGGGGAAAAGUCUUGGCAAAGCAUGAUGGGGGAAAUUUUUAACUCUUGGCUCUUGCUGAGGGGGACAGAUGAUCAAACGGGUCAUUAAGGAAAUCUGCGAUGAAGCCAAAAAGUCUAAAAACUGAAAAUGAUGCUCUAGUCUGGAGGUUUAUUUUCCUUUUUUUUCUCAGGGUAGCCACAAUAAAGUUUCUUCUUGUGCAAAUUUCACAGACAUUUUCUCGUCUCUUUGUUUCAGUUCAUCCUGAAAAAUUAUGGUGAGAAUCCGGACAACUACAACGAACAGCUGAAGAAACUGGAGACACUGCGGCAGGUGAGUCCUGAGGGAAACAUCUCCAGAGACACAGCAGAAUGAGGGCCGAACAGAAAUACUGAUUUAGCUUUAUAAUAGAGAUGUGAACAACUACACAGCAGCCGAAUGACCUGAAACUAAGUGUGCUGUCACCACCUCCUCACUGUCCAGGAUAAAUCUGGAACAAACCUUUAUCUGUCAUCACAUUAACAGAGAACUGAGCGCUCCACAGGUGAUGUUUGGAUCCGUGUGUCACAUGAAAUUAGGAUGUAAUCAUGAAGAAAGAUCCAAAUCAUAAAUAGAAUAAUUGUGUAAUUAAAAAUACGCCACAUUUAUAACACGUAAAUUCCUGUUUUUUUCACACUGCAGAAAAGGAAAAAUAGCUGUUCUUUUUUUAAGUCAUGCAGCUCUGAGCAGAAAUAUCUCCUGACAAAGCAGAAACAUACGCUAUCUUUAGCUGUUUAUUAUUAAGCUGAGAAGUAUUUCCUUGUUUUAGGCUUGGUUUACUACCAGAAUGACCACAAGUGUGAAUACACAACAAAAUAUCAGCGUUAUAUAAAUGUAUUAUUAAUUGUGCUAAACUGGUAAUUCUACUUUAUUUAAAAUAAACAAUCAGAAAAACGGUGAUGCAACUCUAUUAUUCCUACUAUCUUCUGUUGAGCACAAACAGUAUGAGAGCAUCACUUUGGGUAUCUGUAUUAAAAAACCUGUGAGGUUAUAGAUUACAACACAGAAGUGAAACUGUAACAGCCCUGACAGUAGGGCUGAGCGAUACAGUCUCAAUUCAAUAUCCCGAUAUAUUGAUCAGUUCACCUCGAUAGCGAUAAAUGGACGAUAACUACUCCACAAGCUGCUCACCCCCUCCCACAUUAACUUCGUCUACUUCAGCUGCUACAACUUUUGAACUGUCCUCCAUCUCCUCACCUGUCUUUCCCUCUUUGUUACGGACUGGAUGGGGUGGAGUCACGUCUCUGACGUAGGACAGCGUCUUAAAGGGACAUGAGACCAUAGCCUACCUACACACAUCCAAAACCAACUUUAAUAAAUUUAUUUAUUUGACACUGAAUAUACCGAUACGGACAAAAUGAUGUCAGUUAUUGUCGUAAAUUUCAGUAUCAGUAAAUUUUCGGUUUAUCGCCCAGCCCUACUUUGAAGUCUAGUGUGGUUUAUUUGAUGGUGUCAGUUUGAUGGGAUAAAUACCAGUUUAUUCUGACGUGAGGAAAUAGUCGGUUUUAGACGUGUGUUAUGAACAGCAGGUGUCAGCUCCAUGCGUGUCUCCUGAUGGAUUAAUAAAAAUGAAUUCACUAAAGCUUCUCUAAUCUCUGAGUUGUUAAAGAUAAGACGGGGCUUUGGCUUUGAGAAAGUGACGCCUCUUAAUUGUCAGUGUCUACCUUCUCCUGGUGUGAGUCCAUCCUUAAAGUACUGAAGGUUAAUGAUUGGUUAUAAUGAACUGGGACCCUUACUUUAUUAAGAAAGCCUCCUGGAGAUUUGAUUUAGAUUAUGUGCACGUCCUCUGUCCCUGUGAUGGAGCAGAUGCUCGACUGAUUCGCCUCCUGCCCCGUCCAUUAAAGUUGAAUUAUGUGUUUGUUGUCUCACAUACAGAGAACUAAAUCUAAACUCAUUACUGAUGUAGAUGAGAUCAUGUACUCUAAAUGUCCCAGGAGGAGUCCUCGAAGUGGAGUACAAUCCUCAAUUUAACCGCCGAGUGUUUCUGCGGUCAUAUCCUCUCAUCAACAGUGUGUUUGUGUGGCAGGCUGCUGUACAUGUCAUCUCAGCCAGGAUUCAAGUCCAAAUGACACCUCAAAAUGAGCCUCAGCUCUCUGACUCUCUCUCAACAAUCUGUGUCCUCGUCCUCGGCUCUGAAUCCUCUGACGGAUAAAAACAGGCUGUGCAGUAAAAGAACAGUUCUAACCUCAGAGUUUACGUGUUUUCACAGGGUGCUGUCAACGUGACGAGGGAUUUCGAGGGCUGCAGCACACUGAGGAAGUACUUCGGUCAGCUGCAUUACCUCCAGAGCCGAGUCCCAAUGGGAACGGGUCAGGAGGCUGCUGUACCCAUCUCAUGGUAGGAACACACACAAACACACACUUACACACAGAGUCAAAACACGGAGGCAGCACCUUGUUUACUCACGUCCUCCUCCUGCAGUCUGACCCAUUGUUGGUUUAAUGACCUCUCUCUCUCUCUCUCUGUUGGAGACUUCCUUUUCCUCUCGUACAGACUCAAAUGUUUUUGAUAUCAGCUCUUUUAUUUAAAGGCAGAAGAAGAUCAGAUCACACUGCACAUAUCUGAAACAUGUAACUCUCUUAAAAAAGGUCUUUUGUUUUGUUUGAAAGUUAAUUUGUGUUUUCUGUCUUCAGCACAUGACUGUUUUUUCCCCAAAUGAUUUCUUCUUCUUCUAGUUUUUAACUUUAACAAAGUUGUACAAAAGCUUGAGUAAAUAAAGAUGCUAAAAUUCAUCCUUUUAAAUCUGUGUUUGUUCGUUUGCAGGACUGAAAUCUUCUCGGGGAAAACGGUCACCCACGAUGACAUCAGCUAUGAGCAAGCCUGCAUCCUCUACAAUCUGGGUGAGUUUAGUCAUGCUGGGCUGUUUAUAACCGAUUUUUUUUCUUCUAAUUGAGCAAAACAGAGUCUGAGUGUUUGUGUUUUAACAGGUUACCUUCAACAAAAAGUGAUGCUAAAAAUAGAUCCUGUUCUGUGCGCUGUACACCUUUUUAACUCUUGAUAUGGCUGCGGUAUAUGUGCUGAUCAUGCCGGCAUAGACCGCUGUAUUGAAGGGUUAAUGCAGAUCUAUAAACCAGGUGUAAGGCGACCCUUUUUUAAAAGUGCAGACGGCAGUUUUACUCCUAAAAUUCAUGUGUUAAAUCUAUUCUAAUGUGAGGCAAGGAAAACAAGUGAUAGUAUUAAUAAACUAAUACUCAUAUAGCACAAAUAGCAAAAAAAGUGAGUCUCUAACCCACUCUUGUGUUUAGUUACUGCCUGCUCAAUGCAGCGUGGUCAUAUCAUCUUUACCGAUCUGGAGAAACACAUUUUUAUGAAAGAGAGACUUUAGAGCCGAACUCUGAUGGACCAUUUUAUUUCACUUCAAACUACUUUACCGAUGGCAUCAAGGUCCUCCCUCCUCAUCACUCUUGAGAUCUGAUUGUGAUAGGUCACUUUGUGACAGCUGGGAGUCGUAUCGACUCUCGAGAACGUGACGCCGUGACAUAAACCACACGGACUGCUCGUGUCCUCCUCGCUGAAUUCAGACUCACUUUCGCUCACCAGUACUGGCACCGGCGGCACAACGACACGCCAGAAAAUAGUUUCUUUGAUUGUCUGCUGACGAUGUGAGGGUCUGGUACCGGGAUCGCCACUGGACCCAGAGACGGUAGCACCGCGCCCAAAGGAGCCGAUGCGCCGAGACCGUUAGCUCUUGGCUAAGACUUCAACUUUUCCUACUUUACUCAUGGAGGAAAAAACACUCCACAACUCGCCACACUUCUCACUGGCGACUACUUGUUUUUGUUAUUGUAACAUGGAUAUGACGUUUUUGUCGGCUUUUCUGCGUUCAGAAUGACCCCAAACUUAGUCGCAUGUUGGGGAGGAGCGCCGUCUGUCGGGAAACAAGAAAACUGAAAAAUCCGUCACCGGCACUGAAUGAGUUAAAAGCUUAAAGGAACUUUUGUUUGUGUUAAUUUCGGCGCCCCCCUGUGGUCACGGUCUUAUUUGCCUUUGGAUAUAAUAAAAAAGCAUCAGUUUGAAUUUCAGUCUCUGCUGUAAGUUUGAAUAUUUGAAAUCGUUGAUUCUCUGCAGGAGCUCUUCACUCCAUGCUGGGAGCCAUGGACAACAGAGUGUCUGAGGAGGUAAGACAAGCCCUCUAACACACACAUGUCCUCCAUGCACACACACACACACACACACACACACACACACUCCCUCUGAGCCUCUGCUCUCUGUCCAGGGGAUGAAGGUGUCAUGCACACACUUCCAGUGCUCAGCGGGGGCGUUCUCUUACCUGAGAGACCAUUUCAGUCACAACUUCAGCGUGGACAUGUCCCACCAGAUCCUGAACCUCAACAUCAACCUCAUGCUGGUAGGAGCUGCACCUGCAAACACACACACAUAAACACACACACACAUACACACACAUAGAAAACAGUCUUCUAAGCGUGUGUCUUCUCUCCUUCAGGGCCAGGCUCAGGAGUGUCUCCUGGAGAAGUCGAUGCUGGACAACAGGAAGAGUUUCCUGGUCGCUCGUAUCAGCGCUCAGGUCGCCCUCUCAUCGCUCAUUAAAUUUGAUUACAUCUCAUGAAUCAAUUAUGAAAAUGUUGGAGUUAAACGAAGCGUGCCUCCUGCUGCAGGUGGUGGAUUAUUACAAAGAGGCCUGCAGGGCUUUGGAGAACUCGGAGACGGCGUCCAUGCUCGGAAAGAUCCAGAAGGACUGGAAGAAACUGGUUCAGAUGAAGAUCUACUACUUCGCUUCGAUUGCACAUGUGAGUCAAAAGGAAGGGAGACGAGUGGAGUGUAAAUAUGUGUGUGUUUGUGCAUGUGUGAACAUGUCGGUUUGUGGUCUGAUAAAAUGUUGUACUUUAAUUUUCCAAACAGCUUCACAUGGGGAAACAGGCGGAGGAGCAGCAGAAGUACGGAGAGCGGGUAGGACCAAAUGUCAUGUGAACAGCUGUUGUCAGAGCGCUGUAGCUUUGCAUCUGUAAUUGUUCAACAGAUAAAAUACUUUCAACCGUUCGUGUGAUCAUAUUUCACCGCCCAGAAAACAACAAACAGGGAGAAAUCAGAGAUAUGAAGUGAUUUCUACAAAAACUGAUAAAUUUUCUGCACCAUUCAAACGAAUCCGUGCAAAUUAGAAACAGAUAAAAGAGAUUAAAGUAAAUGUCAGUCAAGUCUGGAGUCAGAGUAUCUGUGAUUUAACUUCUGCACAGUCAGGCUGUUAUUGCCACAAACAGGAUCUUCUUUACGGAGAUGGAUGGAUAACUAACUUUUGUUUUUUGGAAUUUUAUGCCGUAAAUUUUUCAUCCUAUGACUGAGACGUGAUUUUUUUUAGCAAACAGGUCCUAUUGAAUGAACUUGUAAGGAAUCAUUUCAGAAAAUUUCACCUGUUUUAUAUCUUACAAACAGCGUGGACUGGUUGUUCUUUGAUAAAUGUUCAUAUUUUCCUGUUUUUCUCCUGCGUGUCUUUGUGUUUGCUCACGUUGAUCGUCUCUGUCAACAGCUGGCGUACCUGCAGAGCUCCUUGGACAAACUCAAUGAAGCGAUCAAGCUAGCUAAGGUAGACUGACGUUUAAUCCCUGCAGUACGUCUUAAAGUCACUGUGACCUGUCCUGUUUUCUGAAGCUCAUCUCUGCUGUAUGUCGCAGGGUCAGCCUGACAGCGUGCAGGAGGCCUUGAGGUUCACCAUGGAUGUUAUCGGGGGAAAGUGAGUCGUGAAUCUGUGUCUUUCUUUUAUUUUCAUCUGUCAGUUUUGAUAGUUUAUUGAUCAAAAUCAUCAUCUCGUCUCCAAACAGGUUUAAUUCAGCCAAAAAAGACAAUGACUUCAUCUAUCACGAGUCGGUUCCUUCUCUGGAGACUCUGGCUUCAGUCAAAGGUAACAGCAGGAAGAUUCAUCCUUUCAUUCAUUAUCAUUCUCUGCAUGCAAAGCUGCGUUUGCAUGAAGUUAUUUAGUGAAUACAUGCACACACACAGGCUGAUGUUUGGAUUGUAUAUCUCCUCUGUCUGUCUGGGUGUGCCGGUGUUUUUCAAGGACAUCCUGUAUGUUUAAUUAGAGAGCAGCGACUCUGCAGGUUUCAUCGAGAUACACUUGCAGGAACUACGUGGCCGUGUACUCAGUCUGAAACCCCUAUCGUCAACAUCUUCUACAGCCCCAGGCUUUAUAUUUUUGGCUUAUCUAUCUGUUUGUUUUGGCUUAUCAUCUUGUUGAAGCAACAUCCCGAUAAUGUCCAGAGGGGAGAUCUUCAGAUUCGGCACAAACUUCUGAUUAGAUUUGAUGAUUUUUUGGAGGGUUGUAAUCCGACUUAAAGAAUGACACCACCUUGGAUCGAUUUAUGGACAACGUCUUCUGACUCUUUCUUUAUCUGUUCAUCUCACUGUUGAAAGAAGGAGCGACUAACACUCAUAUUCUCUCCAGAGGGACAGAGUUUCAGGUUGGGGGGCUUGUAAAUGUGGUGGUAAGAUUUCUGGGUUAUUUCCUGCUGUCAGUGACUGUGGUUCAACCUCUCCUGUGUGAUAUUACGGCCGACAUAUCCUGUCAGCACAAUAUAGUCUUAAAAAUACUCCAAUACACGGACACAAUUACAGAUGUUGUUUCAGUUAAAGGGCAAGAAAGUCAUUUUUUUUAGUGUAUAAAGUAUGAUGCAGAUUUACUGUGUCAGCCGUUAGUUUCUGAAGCCUUGUUUUGACAGUGGUUGCCAUGUUGGAAAUGCAGAUUCAACCUAGUUGUCCUGGCAACAUGCAAAAAGGCGGGAUUAGGGUUGGCCUUCACUAACAGUUAUAGGUAGGGCUGGGCGAUAAACAGAAAAUUUACCGAUACCGCAAUUUACAACAACAACCGACGUCAUUUUGCCCAAAUCAGUAUAUUCAGUGUCAAAAAAAAAUUAUAACUAAAGUUGUUUUUGGAUGUGUGUAGGUAGGCUAUGGUCUCAUGUCCCUUUAAGACGCUGUCUUACGUCAGAGACGUGACUCCACCCCAUCCAGUCUGUAACAAAGAGGGAAAGACAGGUGAGGAGAUGGAGGACGGAGAGAAAUCAAUAUAUCAGCUUGUGGAGUAGUUAUCGUCCAUUUAUCGGUAUUAAAUGUGAACUGCUCAAUAUAUUGUGAUAUUGAUUUGAGGUCAUAUCGCCCAGCCCUAGCGACAGGUGUGCAGAUCUGUCAGACAAAGUGCAAAACAUUUAACCUGAGAAAAGAGUUACUGAUUCAGGCUUUUUCGAUAAAGAUGGUUGUGAUUUUCAGGUGGCCUCAGGUGAACACAGGGAAACAUUUUUAGCACUAUGGCAUCAGCUUCAGUUUCAGAGAUCGUAGCUUGAUAACAGUCUUAUAGUUUGGAUACAGCUGACUGAGAUUGUGUGUUAUUUAUUUGUUUUCAUAUACGACAAAUGUAACCCUUUUAAAAUCCAUGAUAUCAGUCGAGUCUCUGUUUGAGUUUUCAGUGGAGGGUUAAAAGUGUUUGCGUCAGCAAGUAAUCGAAAACUUGAUUGGAUGAAGAGGUUAACUAAACUGUCUGGAAAUCAAAUCAUACAAAUAUAAAAAUAUCUGAAGCGUUAUUUGUGCGCCGUGGUCCACCAGAGCUGAUCUGUUUCUGAUUGGUUGACGUUCAUGUUUUCUUUUCGAUGAGUGAAGCUCUAAAACUCCCCCCCUCUGCUCCUCCAGGAGCCCCUCUGGUCAGAGCUCUCCCAGUCAACCCCACAGACCCCAGUGUUACAGGACCAGACCUGUUCUGCAAGUUGGUGCCAAUGGCGGCCCACGAAGCCUCUUCACUUUACAGGUAGGCUCCUUUAUGAUCAGUCCUGAUGAGACACAGAGUCGACCUUUCAUAAAGUUCAUGAAGUUUGUUUUUGUUUCUUCUUUUUAUCCAGUGAAGAGAAAGCCAAGCUGCUGAGGGACAUCAUGGCCAAGAUCGAGGGCAAGAAUGAAACACUGGAGUGAGUUUGUUAGGAGUGAUUCUGAUUUAAAAAGUGGGAGAAAAUGUUGGACUUCACUUCACAGAAUAAAAACAAAAGUUCUAUCCAACGAAAUCUGACGGUUUGGAGAACUUGCAGAUAAUUAUGAGACUUUUCAUCAAAUCUAGUUGACUGUGGGUUGAAGUUUGUUGAUUUAAAGUGUCUGUUUGUUAGAAGCUUGUGUUGUUAGUUUGGAAACAAGUCAAACUUGCACUUGUCUGUCAACUUAAGAGAGAAAUGUCAUCAGCUCUAGUUUGGGGAACAAAUAUUGUCACCAGUUUGAGUUGUUUUCUCACCUCUGUUAUGGUUCUGUUUACCUCACUUAAAUGAAGUCACUAUGAACUGAUACUGAACGUCGAUAAUCAUACAUAGAGAGGAGUGGGUGUGUUGUUUUUUUUAACUGGUCUUUUUUCAUCUGCAGACAGUUCAUGGACUCUCUGGGCCUGGAGCCAGAGUCUGUGGACAACCUGGACAUGUACAGUCACAUCCCUCCAGUCCUGAUGGAGAAGUGUGCCGCGCUCAGUGUCAGACCUGACACUGUAAAGAGCCUCAUCCAGUCCAUGCAGGGUCAGUGUGUGUAAAGAUUUACGCCCCUGAAGUAUAUAAUUAGCUUCCUGAGAUGGUCGACAAAUCCAGCUCGUGACUCCUCUCGCCCCCUGCUGGCUCGUUCCUGCACAUGCAUGAAUUCUUUCAAAAGAGGCGCUGUAUUUUCAGUUAAUGCACCUCUUUGUAAAUACGGCCCGUCACAUCUUCUUUUAUCUGUAGGACUCUCGGGGGUCUUCACUGAUGUGGAGUCUUCUUUGAAGGAGAUCAGAGACGUCCUUGAGGUAGACGAGGCCGGCGAGCGGGCUCUCCUCGAGGCUGGUGGCCCCGCUGCAGGCGAGGUUCAUCCGGCAGCUCAGGCCCAGGCUCUGGCUGAAAUCCGCAGGGAUCUGGAGAAAUACAUGGAGGCUCAUGAGAAGGCGAGUUUUACAAACACAGAGCUCCAUCGAGCCAUGAACCUGCACAUCAGCAACCUGCGACUGCUGGGGGGUCCACUGGAGAGUUUGAAGGAGGCUCUGCCUCGACCGCAGCUCAGUGAAGGUGAGAGUGUGUUUGUUAAUGAGGGUUCGUACAUGGACGUGUUUUUCAGAUGUUUGUAGUUCCCUUAAGUUGUAAAGUGAAGGUUUCAAGAAAGUCUCAGGAAGUUCUUUUUUUAUAAUUUAAAGUUUAUUAUUUUUUCAAUGUUGGAACAGACAAACGAACAUCAAACGAAACAGAUAGAAUGGAGGUCAAAAAUAAUAAUAAUAAUGAAAUAAAUGAAAGAAAAUAGAUAAAAGAAAGUUGGCAAGGCAAGAAAGUGAACACAUCUGUCUACCAAAACUAUCCCAUUUUUCUUUUAUCAUUUUCACAAUUUUAUCUCCCCAACAUCUUCUCACAUGCUACAGUCCACAUCAUCUGUGUUUUCCACAGACUCAGUGUGGGAGUGUGGGGUUCCUUCCAACACCUCAGAAUAGUCCGUUCACAUGUUAUUGGGCCAGUUUUUAAUAUUCUAAAACUGUAUUUAUUCACCAGGGAUACCACAGUUCUGUCUCCAACAUAAGCUUGGUGAUAUGGGAAGUUUGUUAUUUAAUGAUUUGCUCAUAUAGUCUUUAACUUUUUCCCAUAAAUGGAAGGACCUUAGAACAUUUGCGUAAUGCAUGAAUAAAUGUGCCACUUUGUGCCCCACACUUCCAACAAAGAUCAUUCUUUAUUAAGUCUCAGGAAGUUCUUUGCUCAAUCGAGUGAUAUCAGAUUAGAUUAUAAUUGAGCAGUGGAGUCUCUCCUUUAGUUUAAAGCUAAUUAUCCUGCUGAUCCUUCCUUUUUUCGUUAUAUUUAAUCCACUAAAUGGAAGAAAUGAUAAACUGAGAGUUUUUGAGACCUUGAAGGUACAGUUUGUAGUUUUUUUAAACAUUUAGCAGAAGAGAAAUUCGCGUCUCAUUUGACUAUUAUCAUUUUGCUUCCAUGGGGCAACAUAGCGAGCGUUAAAGCAGCAUAAAUGUCAUGUAGGUGUUGAGGCUGUGUAUUAAGUAACAGGUGGGAAGAGGAUGUUUACCGACUGUUAACAGGCUGAUGAUUCAAAUUCUGAGGGAGAUUUCUUAGCUGUUGAUUAAGAGACCAUAGAGAGAGGAAAAAGGAGCUUUGUCGAGUGUGUGAGUUUAUAAUUGGAUGAGAAAGACACCAUGAGCUGCUAAAGAUAAAUAGGGUAAUUGAAAGGAUGAAGGAAAACUGCAACAAAAAGAGUCUGUGGAGAAAGUCUUAAUGGUCUUUGCAGAAAAAGAAGAUGUAUCAUCUGCAUUGGUCAUGCUAGAAUCUGUCGAGAACAUUUUUAAUUGGUUUUAAAAAUAACUCUGUGUGUGUGUGUGUACGUGUGUGUGUUUGCAGAGGAGGUAGCAGGGCUGCAGUGUAUGAAGCGAAUCUUGGGAAAAGUGCAGGAAAUGAGGGAACAGAGAGGCUCUUUGGAGAAACAGCUCCGGGACCUGAUCCAGCAGGAUGACAUCACCUCCACCCUGGUCACCACAGAGAGAGCCGACAUGAAGGUUUGUUGCUUCACAAUGAGAGUCCCUGUGCAGAUUAAAUCCUGAAGAGACUAAAAGAAACAUGUAUCCUUCCAGCAAAUCUUCGAGGAGCAGCUGAAGAAGUACGAGCAGGUGAAGGUGUACAUCGACCAGAACCUGGCAGCCCAGGAGAACAUCUUGAAGGCCCUGACUGAAGCGAAUGUCCAGUACGCCACAGUUCGUAAAGGCCUGAGCCAGACUGAGCAGCAGUGGAACAACACCGUACAGGGACUGGUGGGCUCGUAUGAAGCCUACGAGGACCUGAUGAAGAAGUCUCAGGAGGGGAAGGAGUUUUAUGAAGACCUGGAGGCCAAAGCGUCACGUCUGUUGGAGAGAGCCAAGACCCUGUGUCAGACCAGGGCGGAGGAGAGGAAGCCCAUCCUGGAAAAGUAAGGCGGAUGUUGAAAAGAGAACCAGGAAGGAAAAAGCUCCCUUUAAAAAUCCCUUUAACUUUUUCAUGCUCUGUAAUAUAUUUUCUUGUUUGUCCCCUUUCAGAGACACUAAGAAGCCCCCCGCCCGGCCUACAGCAGCUAAGCCCCCCAUGAAGACAAAGGCGUCUGAUCUUGACUCUGCCUCCUCCAGUAUUGAUGACCCGGAGCUGGCUCAACUCAGCGCUGCCAUAUUAGCCUUGGGGGGUGACCUGCCUGAAGAGCUUCGCAGCCUUCCCCCUGACAUCCCCUCCCUCCCUAGCUCUGGAGUUCGUAUGCCAGGUCCUGAGGCCUACAUCCCCCCUGGGGCUAACCUGGGUGGCAGCAGCUCUCUGCCUUGGCCUGGUGCUCCGGCUGCUGGUCUUCCUCGCUUCCCUGCCAACCUUCCUCCUCCAGAACUCUUGGCACGGAUCGCUCAGUUUCCUACUUCAGGGGCUCUAGCAGCACCGGGACCCCUGCCUCAUGGACCCCUGCCUCAUGGACCCCUCCCUCAGAUGCCUCCUCACAUGCCCAACCAGGCAGCUGUACCUGGUUACCGGCCUCCACAUCCACAAGUCCCUCAACCUAGCCCUGUAGCUCCUACCCCAGUCAGACCAUCCACCACCACAGUUGAUAGCAUCCAGGCUCCUAUCCCCAGCUACGCCCCUGCACAACACCACCCGGUUCCACCUGCAGCCUCGACUGGCUACACAGUACCCCCACAGAUCGGGGCUUACCCACAGUUUAUGCCCCAACCGCGAAUGCCGAUGCAUAGCCAAGCUCAGACUCCUGCACCCCAACCACAGCUGCAGAAACCGCCACAGCAGCAGUACCCCCAGCCAACUGGGCAACCCUUGCCUCAGGGGUAUCAGCCUGGACCAAGGGGUAUACCUGGCCCUCACCCUCCUCCUCAGGCUCCGCAAGCAUACCCACAUGGAUAUAUGCCCCCCCAGCCUGGGGUUCCUCCUCAGUAUCAGCAGGCAUACCCAGGUCAGUUACCGCCACAUCAGCAAAACGGUUAUCAGCCCCGGCCUCAAAUACCCCAAGGCUACCAAACCCCACAGGGCUUUGUCCCCCAGCAGCACCCUCAGAUGAUACCAGGCGCUAUGCCAACCCCACCUCAGGUCCAGAUUCCCCCUCAAACCGUCCGUCCACAAGUACCAACUUCUCAGCCAGCACCCCCUGCAACUCAACCCUACCUACCCCAUCCCUCCCAACAGAUGCCCCCUGGACUCCCCCACCAACACAUGAUGCCCCAGCAGCCACACAUGCCAGUCCCAACAGGAGCCCCGCAUAUCCCACCCCACACACAGAUGCAGAUCCCAGGUGGUCCUAGAGCACAAAUGCCCCCCACAAGUCAGACGAUUCCGCCAGUCUCACAGAACUACAUGGCCCCCACAAGUCAGCAAAUGCCCCCUGUUUCACAGAACUACAUGCCCCCCACUAGCCAGGCCAUCCACCCCACCCUGCGCCCACAGAUGCCUCCUGUUUCGCAACCUCACAUGGUCCCCGGUGCUCAGGUCCACCUGCCAAGGGCCCCUAUGCCACAGAUGCCUCCUGGUGCCCUACCACCACAACAUCAACCCCAUCCUGGACAACCUCCUGUUCCAAACAUGACCCAGCAGCCGAUACGGAUGCCCGGUCAACCACAGGCUCAGCCCCCUCAUGCUGGGGGGGUUUGUUACCCAGGAGGGGCUCCAAUGAUGCCUCAGCAGCCCCUGGCACCACAACCUGCCGCCCCCCAACAACCUCAGGCUACCCUUCCAAUGGCCCAUCAGCGGCCCCCUACCAUGUACCCUUCAGGUCCAGGAGCUAAUGUGCCCCCUAGUACUCCACAGCAGCCCACUGCCAUGGGCCCACUUGGACCACAUGUCCCCCCUGCCCAGCACAUGAUCCAGCCCUCCCCUGGAGGCCCGCCAGUGGCUCAACCACCAAACCCUGUCCCUCCUUCCCCUUCACCCUCCCCAUCUCCAUCUCCCUCUCCUGGUCCUGCCUCUUUGGGUAUGAAUCCCCAGCAGAGACCUACUCCAGCCCCCACCCCUGGUAGCACAGCCCCACCUACUCUGCCCUCCCCCUCUGCUGUCUCGCCUGCCACAUCGCUGUUUCAGCGCCAGAACUCAAGCACAGAUGACCUUCUGUCUUCGAGUCCUGAGAGCCAACCAGGAGGCACCAAGGCUCCAACCAACGUCCUCCAACCUACCAAAGCUGACCCCCAGGAUGGAGAGCGCCGAAGGAGGAGCUCCCAGGGAGUCCUCCUGAUUCAGGGCGACCCGUAUCAAGCUCCAGAGCGUGUCGCCCGCCUUCAUGGCGAGCUGGAACGGUAUAGGGCCCAGGUAGAUUCCCUGGAGCACCCCUCAGAGAGCGAAGGCGGGUUAUCGGUGUUGGAUGCCCGUUGGAAAGAGUUACAAGACCAACAGGAAAAGGACGCCCGCCAACUCUCCAUCGCUAUCGCCCGCUGCUAUACCAUGAAGAACCGCCACCAGGAUGUCAUGCCCUAUGACCUCAACCGUGUGGUGCUGCAGUCAGGGAAAGACGACUACAUCAACGCCAGCUAUGUGGAAGACUUGUCCCCGUACUGUCCACGCCUUAUCGCCACUCAGGCUCCUCUCACAGGCACAGCGGCAGACUUCUGGUUGAUGGUUUAUGAACAGAAGGUUUCGCUGAUCGUCAUGUUGGUUUCAGAACAAGAACUCGAUAAGGUGCGCAGUGUCUGUGUUUGUCUGAUAAUUCCUGUCUGUUGUCUGUCUUCUUUGACCUGAUCUGUUGUCAACAUCUCUGUUUUUCUCUCCCAGGGAAAGGUUGUGCGCUACUUCCCAACGGAGCGUGGCCAGCAGCUCUCUCAGGGACCAAUCACCCUCAGCCUCACCACGCAGAAGACCACGCCGACACAUGUGGAGCGCAUGAUCAGCCUUCAGUACCGAGACCAAAGCCUGAAGCGCACCGUCGUCCAUCUCCAGUUCACCUCCUGGCCAGAGCUGUGAGUGGUUUCUUUUUACGUGCAAAUGAACUUUUACUCCAUCAGGGAAUCUCUGACUUUGUCUUCUUCUUCUUCAGGGGUCUUCCUGACAGCAAGAGUAACCUGCUGCGCUUCAUUCAGGAGGUUCAUGGACACUACCUCCACCAGAGGCCCUUACACACACCUGUGAUUGUGCACUGCAGGUGAGUGUGAAUCCAAAAUGAAGUGUGUAAAGAUUGAAUCACUCUUUUUUUACAUGUUUUUUUCAUCCUCUUGUGUUUGUUUCAGCUCGGGUGUGGGACGCACCGGGGCCUUCUGCCUGCUGUACGCUGCACUGCAGGAGCUGGAGGCAGGAAACGGGAUCCCAGACCUCCCUCUGCUGGUGAAGAAGAUGAGACAACAGAGGAAGAACAUGCUGCAGGAGAAGGUCUGAAGACGUGUUUGUAUUUGAUUUAUUGUAUAAAAAGAGAAAAUCCCCCUUUUUGCAUUUCAUUCUUUGUAUUUAUUAUUUUUUUUAUCUCUCUUUAGCUCCACCUGAAGUUCUGCUAUGAAGCCGUGUUGAAGCAUGCGGAGCAGGUCCUUCAGAGACACGGCAUCACUACUGCCACCUGCAGCAAGAACACCGCCGCUGCAUCCACAAAGGUUUGACGCCUUAAAAUCCAAAACUCCUAUUUGGUUUAUCAAAGGGAAAAAUCAGUUGUUUGUGCUUUAGAGUUUUAACAUCCCAGCUCUCCUGUGUCAGUCAGACUUUACUAGCUCGCCAUAAACCACGUUUUAGAUUCAGACGGUCUGAACUCCACCUAUAGAUAGCCAAAGUUGUCCUUUAAAUUUGAGUUUCUUUGUCUAUUCAAUGUGAAUUUGGAGAACUGUAAAAAUAAUCAUAAUGAUAAUAAUGCUAAAACUUCUUUUCAAUACAGGUAACCAAGUAUUUUGAAAUCUGCGAUAAUAAUAAUAAUGGGACUCUGCAAGUCGGUUCCUUUUCAAAUGUAAUUUUUCAGUGCUGUGAAUUUUAAUUAAAACUAAUUUUGAUGCUUUGCAAAUUAUCUAAACCCUCAGAACUUCAUAGUUUUAUCAAUUCUUGUACAAAAUGUCAUUAGAAGACUCAGAGAUGGCAGUACAUUCAAAGAGUAGUGACUCUGUAGUGGAAACCACCGUAUAGGCUUUAAAAAAGUCAGCUGUCCAAAACUAAAAGACUCAAAUGAAAAGCAGCAUUUACACUUUUUAAAUUAGCUUUAUAUAUCAGUCAACUUCCUCAUAUUUAAUCUUCACACUAAAGAAAUCGUAGACUUCCUGAUGCGUCUGUGUCAGUCUGAAAACCCUCCUAGUCUUCCCGAUCGUUUCCAGUUUUUAACGCGGCUCUUCUUACGUUUUGUGCUCCUGACUGUUUGAAGGAAUCCUCCGAGCUUUGGUCAGAGGAGGUACUGAUUUCAUUCUCGGUAGAGUCGUCUCAGCAGACGUAGAUAUAGAGACAGAAUUCUCUCUCUCUCUCUCUCUCUCUCUUUCUUCCUCGUUCUGACGUCUCUUUGUGUUCGUCCUCGCAGCCUUACUCCAGACAGGAGUCCCAGCAGGAUCUGGUCCUUGGCGGUGACAUGCCCAUCAGCUCCAUCCAGGCCACCAUCGCCAAGCUCAGUAUCCGGCCCCCGAGUGCUACAGACCCCACCAUGGACGCCCCCUUUGGCCUGGACGACCAGGCCGGCACUGCUGCACCUGACAUCUACUCGCUGAGUGACAUCCAGCCCAUCCAGGACCCCCCUCCCCCCUCAGAUCCCCAGCCUCCCUCCUCCUUCAGCCCGCCUCUCACCUCCCCUACUCAGUCUCCUCCCCCACCUAACGGCCUGGACGCUGCCUCCCCUGGCACACCCCCGACCAAUCACGAGUUGCCCCCGGAGGCGGCGCCCAGCUUGAGCCCGCCCCCUCUCUCCUCGGCUCCCGCUCCUUCGUCCCUGGAGCUGCUGGCCUCGCUCACUCCUGAGGCCUUCUCCAUGGAGGGAGGGGGGAAAGGGAAGCAGCGGGUGACUAAGCAGAGCUUCCUGCAGCCGGCGGAGGGUCAGGGUCUUCACGGCGUGCGAGGAGAGGAGGGCGACGACCCCCUGAGCAGCCUGGACCCUCUGUGGAGCCUCAACAAGACCUGAGACCAGACCACAAACUGCUCCCUCCCUCUCAGCUCUUUCUAAUCCAGAUUUUAAGAAGAAAAACUCUGAAUCCUGACGUUUAGCGGUGUUGAUUACCAAGACGUGCCUGGUGGCAGACGGUAGGGGAUCAGCUCUGAAGUUCGGCGUACUUCUUCUGCUUUAGGGGCCUGAAACACUCUCGCUUCUUCUUCUUCCAUCACUGGUGGCUUCUGGGACCAGAUCACUAUGCACUCAUCUGUGUUCCUUCAUUCCUUCUGUCGCUUUGUUGCUGCUUUUAUUUUCUACGUCUGUGAUGUACGGAUGUUCUGCACUUAUAGCACCAGAUCUGGGGCUGAAAAGAAGAAGAAGAAGAAAUCCCAGCAUGCACUCCACUUUUAUCGCCUCCUCUCUGCGGGUGGUCGUCACUUGGGUCUGAUGGUUUUGGACUGUGAUCGUAGAAGCUGAAUGCACAAUAAGAGGAGGAGCUGGGUGCAGCUUUUUUAAAGGACACAUCUCCCCUCCCCCCACACUAUCAAUCAGCCCUCAGCAUUAACACAGAGCAACAUACAAAUCAGCACGUCUUAGCAAGUUGAUUUCUCAUUCUGUAACACUGUAAAUAUCUUAAAUAAUAAAAUUAGACUAUUACAAACAAUUUCACUAAUCAUUCAUUCAUUCAUUCAUAAUUGUAAAAAACUAUCAAAUAAAUCCAGUAGACCGAAAAGUGACCUGGUAUCAAAGCCUCUUUAUUUGAAAAUAAGUUAAAAGUAUCACGCUUCUUUUGUAAGAGAAACAAUCAAAAGUCGACCACAAAGUGUUCAAAUCAUCAGAUCUCUGCUUUUGUUCGAUGGAUGAGGAACUCCUGAUGUGGAUCUGCAGGGAUGAUUAACAGUAAAUUUACCAGAACCAGGCAGAAAGUCCUCUUAGAUACGGAUCGACGCUCAAGGCCAAAAAACACUAAACACUAACCUUGAAGGGCCUGUAAAGAGGCGUCUCAGGCGGCAAAUUAAAGGAGAUAAUUACAUCAAUUAGUCGGCAGGAUUUAUGUCUAAACGAUGGUUGAGUUCAGUACUUGACAAGAAUGCAUCCCUAAAUACCGACAUGUUGGAAGAGCAUAAUUAAAAUGUUAUAAUUGGGUCUGGGUUUAUUGUUAAAGCCCUCAAAUCAAUUAUAUGCUCUUAAUCUGACACUGACAGGGUGAGCAGCUGAGGGUCUCAUCUGCCCAAUGAACAGUAAAUACAACCUGCUCACUUUACAUCAUCCCACUUACCUACUUUGAUAAAGACAAAAGAGAAUUAGGGCCGCAUGAAGAGAAAAACAAUAAUAAUAGGAAAGAGAUUGAAAACGAAAUUUUGAGAUUAAAAAAUCGAAAUUAUGUCAAUAAAGUCAAAAUUUUGAGAUAAAAAAUUGAAAUUUCGAGAAUAAAGUCGAAAUUUCGAGAUUACAAAAUGUCAUGAAUAAUGUUGAAAUUUUUGGGUUUAAAAAAAUUGAAAAUAUGUCAAUAAAGUCAAAAUUUUUAGAUUACAAAAUGUCGAAAUGUCGUGAAUAAUGUUGAAAUUUCAAGAUUAAAAAAUUACAAUUUUGAGGUUGAAGUCGGAAUUUCAACUUAAUUCACGUAAUUUAGAUUUUUCUAGUCUCGAAAAUUUAACUUUAAUCUCAAAAUUUCAAUGCUUUUAUUUUGACUUUUUAAAAUUUCAACUUUAAUCUUAUGGAAAUAAAAAAAUUCUCCCCCCUAUAAUUAUUUUUUUUUACCUUCUUGUGGCUCUAAUCCUCUUUUUUGACAAAGAGUUUUUUUUUGCAGAGAAUAUUGAUUUAAAAAUGACUUUUUGAGUCUGUGACUAGAGCUGUUUCCGUGGCAACAGUGUGCUGUUGAGAAAUAACAGACUGCUGCUAUGGAGGAUUAACCAAUCAGAUUGAAGUAUUUAAGAAAACUGUGGAGCAAAAGGGAAGGACAGCAUAACUGCUGCUGAGGACUGUACUGAUGCUCUUCAGACAUGGAAAUAAACCUUAAAUAGUCACAUGCCUUUAAAACCCAUAAUUACGCGUCAUACUUAAAAAUAUCAUCCAACAGAUGCUCAUUAUUUUCCGCUAUUAAACAUUGUGAUUGACACCAAGUAUUUUUAUUGUACAAACAUAAAAAAGUCAGAGUCAAUGUCAUUCUUUAAAUCAAACUAAACUGUUAUGUAAAUGAAUUGUCAGUGUUUCUAUUUCACAGCAAUUAAAGUGUCCUUUAAAUCAGACAGGCCAUUAAAUCUUCCUCUGGCUCCUAUCAUCAUAUCUAUAUUUAACAUUCAUUUAUAAUUUAGUGCGCACAGACUCUGUGUACACCACUAAUGCAGUGUUUGAACUUCCUCUACCCCCGGUGCCACCUGUUCCUCCAGGAGCUCCGAUAGCAGGUUGAAGGGUGUCAGAAAGAAGCAGAUUAAAGAGGUUUUCUAUUAUUAAUCCAUGACAGCGUGCCACAUUUGAGAAAUGUCCACACAAGAGUCAUUGUGGUGUUAAAGCUACAUGAGUCAGGGGAUUUAUGGCUCAUUCACAUGAUGUAACAGGAAAAAUAGGAGCUAUUCCAGACAACAGCCUUAUAUCACUGUUAUAUAUGGACCCAAAAUGAACCAUUAAUCCCAUGAAACUGAUUUGGCACCCUCUUCCUCGGUGAAGCUGAGUAUAACAGGUGAUAGAUUAAGAUUUCUAUUACCUCCGAGUGUCAACACUGGUGGAUUAGCUGCCUUGUGCUGCAGAGGGAGAGACUUUAAGCCUUUGACAAAGUCCUACAUCAUCAGCUGGGAAAGCAAACUUCCAGGCUGCUGCGGUUUGUGUGUACGCUAAAUCUGACAUUUCAUGAGUAGGCACAGUACGCUGCGGUUUAUUACAUGUCAAAGUCAUGAGGAGCACGACUCAGCACGUGAAAGCAGCUGCAUAAUGUUCGGCUUAAGAGGAGCUUUGUCAAGUCAGGAGGGUCCCGUCAGAAGAGAGCGAUCAAAGCUAUGCAAAAGGACGGGAGUUCGACUCACACGAGGGAUUAAUCCUGAGGCUCUUAUCAACCUUUGAACACCCUCAGUCCUGAACUUCCACAGGAUAAAGAUGAAAAACAUCGCACAAACCCAACUUCUCAGCAAAGGUCAAACUCUCUCUCCUCCAGCAGGGCUCGUCCUCGCCGCAGAUCUCUGUUUACAGUCAUAACUCUGCUGGAAUCAGGUGGAGGUUCAGGUGAGGAGAGACUGAUUUAUGACCGGGAGAUUGUAUCCUCCUGUUCUCCAGGAUUCUCACUCCCACUCUCUUCUCUCCCAAUCAGACUCCGCAUUGAUUAAAACACCCUCCUCACCUACGUCUCUCCAGGGUUUUGCCCUCCAGUAUGAUCCUGACCUCCUCCUCCUCCACCCUUUCACUCCGUCCUGAAAGCUGCCAUCUUCAGACAUGUGUCAGCCCUCCUUCCCUCUGGAGACGGAGCCGUCAAUGUGUCAGCCCCCGUCCUCCUGCUCUGGUACGUAAUGUCACAUCUCUGGACACUUUCCUCAUUUCCAUUUCUUUGUAGAGAAUCCUUUGGUUAUGAUAAUGAUCAAUAUGAUGUUGUGAAAAUCAAUCAUCUAAUCGUUUUGUUGUAACAGUAAUGCGACAUAAUCCAAAGUCACUUUUUGGUUCAUAAAUUUGACGAAUUUUCUGAUGAAGCCCAGAUGGGAUCUCUCCGCUGAAGAUCAAUAAAACAGCUCUGCUGCUUUCCUCAUUAUUAUUCUAAUUCGUUAUUCUUCAGAAACAUGAUUUACUGUCUUGUUCAUAAAAGACUGUGCACCUCAAGGCCUUUACAUAUGCAUGUCUCCCUUUCAGUCGUGGAGUAAUCUUUCAAGCCUCCCAAAAUUUGGAGAAAUGCAAUAGUGGUGAAUUGAGUUUAUAGCCGGCCAGCGCAAGAAAGUGUGCGAUAUUUUCCUCUUAAGUAGCAGGACAGAAGACGAGGACCACAGAUGCAACUAGCGGCUCAAUAAAAGACGAUUCUGUCAUUAAAACUAGACAGAGAUAAAUGCUAGAUCACUUAAAGUUAAUGAUAUAACAUUUAUUUAAAAGCAAGACUAAAAAGGUAUGUUAAAAACUAAACAAUAAGUUUUAUGAGAGAUUUUUCAUAAUAUGAGCACAAAGUGAAACAGGAUACAAGUGUUAAUUUUUCCUGAAAUUUCCAGAAUUAUUCUAAACCUUUUAAACAUCAUUUUUGUUUAUUUGUGGUUUUUAUUUUCUACUAUCCUGUUUCUAUCACCCUUUCUAUUAUUUAUACAUGUAAAUAUCUAAAUUUUUUCAACUGUAAUAUAUCAACAUGUACAUAAAGCUGUAAAUAACACUCAUGUAUUUAUCUUUUUUUACAUUUUUUAAAUUCCUAAGUUUCUUAAUUCUUUAAUUUCUCUUUUGUUUUUAUCGCUGCUGUAAAUUUCAGAAUUUCCCCUCGUUGGAAGAAUAAAGUAAAAUCUCAUCUUAACUUAUCCUGCUUGGAAGUAUAAUAACAAUUUUUUUUAAGUAACUAUCUAAAUUUUAAAGAAAAUGUCAACGAGACUUUUUAGGAUUUCAUGAAGUAACUUGAUGUUAGCCGUAUUAUAAGAUCUGAAAUAUCGAAAUAAAGGACUUAAAUCCAGACUUUGCAGUUUGGAAGAUAAAACACUAAAAGUCUAUUUACUCUAAACUGCAACUUUCUUGACUGAUCCCUGUGAGCAGAAGGAGGUCCAGCUGUACACCUGCGUCUGCAGAUAGAUGCUGCUGCUGCUGCUAAAAAUACAUGGAAGGGUCGAACACGAGGUUACACUUUCUGUUUUAUCAAAAGGAUUGGACUGGCCCGAGGUCAACCCAGAGACCCUGAACAAACACCUCCAGAGUUUUCCUGUUUCAUCACGGUUCUUGUUUUCUGUCUGGAGGUAUCAUCUUGAGCAAACAGGACGGAGGUAAACACAGACGGGAGCUGCAAAGGUCGAGUCACAGUGUGGUUUUGGUUUGAUCACAUGACCUACAGCUGAGAAUAGAAACAAACGCUACAGACACGUGUCCACGAACUUUAGGCCACACCGAGGAUGACGCAGAGGUUUUAUCAGUCCACCUUACCGACCUUACCCCGCCUUCUGGCCUAAACUAAUCAAGUCUCUCAUCAGUUUCUGGUUUGGGUCUUUAUCUGCCACCAGGGGGCGCUGUGCACCUGUGCUUCAGUCCCAGACAGAGACGACGGCCCUGCACUGGACGGCUCUGCACGGACACAGGGAGGUGGCUGAGCUCCUGCUGAGGUGUGGCGCAGACGUCCACCGCCUGAGCAAGUUCAAGAAGGCGGCCUUCGGCGUCCCCAUGGCGACCAGAGACACCCAGAGGAGGAUGCUGCUACAGGUGGAUGAUAGAGAGACACUCUGAGACAGAAUUAGACAGACAAGGAUGGAUCAAGACUUCUGUUUGGGAAUAAGAGAAAACAAGAUGAUGGAUGGAAGGAGAAGAGGAGGAGAGAGAAGGAGAGGAGGAGGACAGGAAAUCAGAGACAAGUCGAGUUCUGUCGGUGGAGCGAGGUUAUAAAAAAGAUAAGAGGACAGGAAACAGUCAGAGCAGACAGAAAAUGACCGAGCACAUUUCAUCCUGGGCAGGUAAAAAUGAAGAGAGAUGGACAGAUAGAUAAAGACUGAGAGAAGACAAGAAGACGAAUGAGAGAGUUAGAGAGAGAAGCAGCCGGAGAGGAGAGAUGGACAGAUUAGAGGGAAACAGAAAGAAGAGGGAAGAAGACGAAGAGGAAGACGGCAGGGUGUGAGGAGGAGAGAUUUAACAUGAGACAGAGUGAGGAGGAGAAAAGUGGAAAGACGACAAAGUGUGAGACUCUGAGUGUGCAGAGCGCCUCUGUGAUUUCAAUAAUACGUUUGAUGUUUUUUAAGUGUGACUACAGAAAGCUCCAGGAGGACUCACACCGGUGUUGCUAUGGUUUCAGCGGACGUGCAGCCUCCUCCCUCCCUCUCUCUCUCUCUCUCUCUCUCUCUCUCCCUCUCUCUCUCUCUCUCUCUCUCUCUCUGUGUGAGACAGCCUGAAAAAGUUCCAACAAAAACAUAUUCAAACCAAAACGAGACGACAACAUUUCAUUAUCAUCUAUUAUGUGUUUGAAACGUCCACAAAAAAAAGGAGCGGAAGCUUUCACUGUUUUUUAGGAAACCACACCCAGAUGACAUUUAAAGUCAGAAUCAGAAGUACUUCACUAACUCCUCCGAGGAAAUUCACUGAAAACAGCUGCUGUUUUUCAGAGAAUGAAGAAAGAUGAGAAAAAUGAAAAAGGGCAAGAAAAUAUGAGGAAAAACUGAGCCGGUCUAGACCAAACUCUUCUUACAAAGACCCAGUGUGAAGAUGGGAUCAGACUAACUGUCUCCACACACCAAGAGCGAGUAAAAUCAUUGGCGUGACUGAAUUACGUUAAGUCGAUGCAAAGAUGCGACUAGAUGCUCAUACAUGUGCUCAUAUGUUCUAGUGGCGCGAAUGACACAAAUUGGGUGGAAGCGGAAAAUGUUUCAAUUUGAGCAGAUAUUCGUGUCGCGAUAACCAAUCAGCAUGAAGACUGGCGUGUAUCAUAUGAAAACAAACGGUUGUCCACUGGUAUCAAAAAUGGAGGACAAAUUGACUGUGUAGGUGUGUGGGUGAUACCUUUUUUUAAAUUACCGCAACCGGAAUAAAAAGGAGCUCACCUGGAGGAAAGUGAGAGAGGAGGUCGGAUUAUCUGGUAAAUUGUAAAAAACUUUGUCUAUCAUUUUAUCCCGCCGGUUGAAUUGUCAGGGAUCACCGUUGAAAUUACCGCUGACGCGCGAAUGAAGCGAGUAAAUACUUUUCAUUCACACGUCUUGAUUCGCACGAAUUAAGCAUGUAGAUGAUUUUACUUACACUUGGUGUGAGCGCCUCAUGAGCCUCUCCUCAGAUCAGACCCACUCCUAUCCCAUCUGUUGACGGCGUUCCAGUAAACAAGUCGGAAAACCAAGAUGGACGCCUACUGUUUGCUGUUGUUAGUUGUUGUUCGCUAUACCAGUUUUAAACGACUCAUAACUCAGUAUUUUACUCUUACAAACACCAUGUCACCGUGUUCACAGUUAGACGUUGGGAAGUAAAACAUAAACCACUUAUUUAAUUUCACAAAAACUAAACAGAAGUGCUGAUAAAUAAAACAUUACGAGAUCUUUCACUGUUACUCUUUACCGUUGAUGCACUGCGCUGCCAUCUUCGAUUAUGACGUUGUCGUCAAGUUUGGGUUGGCGAGUCAGAAAUUCGACUUCAUGGGGGCGUUCCAGGUGAAUUUCCGACUCGGAGUAAGGAAAUGCAGACUUCCAAGAACCAUAUUUUUCGCACAAUAAGGCGCACCUUAAAUCCUUUUGGCUUGUCUACGAUUAAGCCUGCUAACUGUAAUCACACUCAGUUAAUUCAACAUUGUCCAUUAUCACUCAUAUCCUAAACCUGUAAACUGUAUUUCUUUUUGUUUCACCAUUACAUGAGCUGUUGCUGUUGUUGCUGUUGUUCCUGCUGCCUCCUGUCUCUCUCUCACCCUCGUUCCCUACUCUCUCUCCCUCCCCCUCCCUCUCCAUACUCAUUCUCUCUCGCCUUUCCCCUAUCUUGUUGUCUCUCUCCCUCCCCCUGUCCUCUCCCUCUCUCCCCUCUUCUCUCUACAUUCCUCCCCAACCCAGCAGCGGCAUGGUGGCUGUCUGGCAUGAGUCUGGUCCUGCCCAAGGUUUCUGCCUGUUAAAAGGAAGUUUUUCCUUGCCACUGUAACUCAUGUUAGUUGAGAUGGGCCAAAACCCAUCUUUGGUUGGUUCUUGAUCAUCAAACAAUGAGUGUGGUCCAGACCUGCUCUUGUUCCUUGAAAAGCGUCUUGAGAUGACGACUGUUGUGAAUUGGCGCUAUAUAAAUAAAAUUUGAUUGAUUGAUUGAUUGAUUGUCGGAGCACUGCAGCUACCGUAGCUUUGCGGGGUUCAGUUAAAUAAAUAAUGCGCUUUAAUCUGGUGCGAAUGGACACGAAUAGACGCGUUCAUUGAUGGUGCGCCAUAUAAUCAAGUGCGCCUUAUAGUGCGAAAAAUACGGUACAACUGGAACCUUUUCUUCAGAUGGCCACUAGGGGGAGCUCUAAGAAGACUGAGGGUUUUUUUACUAAACAGGAAUUUAUCAACAAACUAAAAGCUAAACAAUUAAGUAAAAUCUGGAUCAUUGUGAUAUUUUAAAGACAAAUGAUGAAUUUAAAGUGAAAUACAAAAACAGAAAUAACAGCUGAAAUACAGAAACACACGAUCUGGACGGUGAGAUAACAGAAGACCCGUGUUCUCCCCUUCUCCGGUCUUACAUAACUAAGGUGUGUGUGGGCCUCCAGGUGGAGCGUAGGUGGAUCUGGUUUGCGUUAGAUAACUCCUCUCCUUGGACUCCUCAGCCAGCCGGGAUGCAGAUAGUAGGGCCUGGAGCUGGGUCGACCUGUGCAGGAUGGGAACAUAGGGAAGGCCGCUGACUGCUGCUGAUGAAACAUCGACUCCCACCUCAGCCAUGAGUAUGAUCGGCUCCCCUGUGGUCAGUGUGUUUAAAGGCACUGAAUCACCAUAAGUACAUCCCGAUCUCUGUGUGUUAUCAUAAAAACAGGACCGCUGUGCUGCGAGAAAAAUAAUUGAAACAGGAUCUCGCAGACGCCAAAACAUCCCGAAAAUGAUGAGAAUGUUUAUUUCUCAUCAAGUACCUGCAAAUAAAAUGUCUCCUUUGAGUGAAUCGACUCCUAAUGCUGCCAGACGCCACCGAACUACAUUUAAAUGCAAUCAUCAGUGGAUAAACAACUUUUCUUUUUAAACCCGUCGGAGCUAUCAGAGUCUUUAUCCUCCAUUUACUCCGGUUCAGAAAAUGGGCCAAUUUUCACAAAGACAGAGUCACAGCAUCAGUGAAAUGAUAUCUCACCUUCAGAGGAGCCCAGAAGUUUCACCUGCACUUUCCAGGGAAGUUUGACGCUCAAAGCUGAAUGAAACUUUGGGGCUUAAAGUGUCACUUUUAAUUACAGGAUUCUGGAUUAAUCUGCUUCACUAUGAGAGACGUCGGCUGAGGUCACCUGUGUCCGAUAAACGCUCUGUAAUCUUUGUGUAUGAAACCUUUUUUUAUUCCAGUCUCAGAAAAAUGAAACUGGAAACAUUCGGUGAGGCGUUCGUGUGUUUCAUCCAUCAAAGAGUUAAUUUCAUGGCUGUUUUUUCUCUAUUGGAUUAUAAAUAUAUUAGCAGACAUCAGAAACGCUGCUGUGUACCAGUUACUGCCCAGAAAGAGGAGGGCGACAUGUCCCUUAUUUUUUAUUAAACACAUGAAUGUCAGGAUCCUUCGAGGUCGUCAGAGAAGAAAACACAAACGAGGAAUCAGAGAUGACAAGAAAACAUAAAAAGAGAUGUUUCCAGGAUCGUGACGAACCACCAGAUCUUAAUUUGGCUUCAUUCGAUGUUUCUCUGCUGGAUCUGAAGUCUGUCUGAUAUGAGAACAAGGAGGGGCUCGUUCUGACGAAACUGAAGAGGGGGGAGGAGGAAAGGGAAGGGAAUAAGGGAGGGAGGGAGGAAAGGAAAAGGAAACACAAAAAGGAAGAAAGGGGAAAGGAGACAAAGGAAGGAGAAAUGGAGAGUCGGCAGAAAGGGGAGGAAAUAUGGAGAAAAAAAGAGGACAGAAAGGCAAUAAAGGAGAAAGGAAGGAAAGGAAGAAAGGCAAGAUGGAAGGAAAGGAAAGAGCAAAGGAAGGAAGAGAGGAUAGAAGUAAAAGAUAAAAAAAGAAGUUGGAAAGAAAGAUAAAAAGGGAAUGAAAUAGGAUAAGAAGAAAAGGAAACAGGGCAGCGAGGAAGGGAAUGAAGAAAAGGAAGAUGUAAGGAAAAGGAAAAAAGAAAGGGAACAAGGAAGGGAAGGAGGAAAGGAAGACGUAGGGAAAAGAAGAAAAGGAAGAAGGAAAAGAAGAAAGGAAGGGAAGGAGGAAAGGAAGAAGGAAGGAAGAAAAGUAAGAAGGACGGAAAAGAAGGAAGGGAAGAGGGAAAGGAAAGAAGAGUAGGAAGUAUAGGAGGGAAGAUGAAAAAAAAGGAAGCAUUUACAGGAAGUCCCGGUGAGUUUCAGUUUUAUGACGAUUAAAAAUCUCCACACAGGAGCUUAAAAAAAAAAAAAAACUACAAAUAAAUCGAUGAUCUAAAAAAGACGAGAGUUUGUCGAUCAGCUCAUUUUUUGGUCUUUUGGAAAAUAACGUGUUCGGAGGCGAACAGUCAUUGAUAAAAAAACCGUCAAACUCAUUUAAGACUGAACUGGACCAUCUGUCUGCUGUGGUGGAAUUAGACCACAUCCCCUCCAGCUAUAAUCUGUUCAUGUCUACAGUCGGACAAAUGAGGACAACUUCAGCAGAAGACUUGAAGCACAUGAUAGUUUUAGACAUGUGGACACACCCAGGCUUUACGGGCGCCAUAUCUUAAGUGAUGCAACAACCUUUAUGUUUACAAUAUGUGGUCGUGUAUCUGGAAGUAAUGAGGAUGCAAAGAUAAAGAGAAAAUCAACAUUUCUGAGCCUGCUUGUUAAAUUUGAUUGCCUUGUUUUUCCUUUCUUGAUUGACAGAGUAAUGGAGUACACAGCUGCAGAGAUGGUGCAGAACAAAGCGAUGCUGUAAGAUUGUAAAUGUUGGAUUUAAAUUACAAAUACAUCUCAGAACUCCUACAUAAGUAUCAGAGCUCAUAAACAAACGUUUGGGCGUGAUGAAAAUAUCUCUUGCUUGUGUCAGCUGUUUUCUCGCAGAAUUAACUUCUUGUUUAAAGACAGAAACGCUUCUUUUGAUCGUUUUUUAUUCAUUGUAGUCACAGUUUCUGUUAGGCGUGUGCACAGAUGGAUGCAGAACCAGGUAAACACCGACCCAAAGUCCCUCUAAAUCCUCCCAUCUGGUCAGCCUCACAGAGUUUCAGCGCUAAGAUUACCGCAGGUAUACGAGGAGCACAUGCAUCAACCAGAUGUGUUUACGCUCUGAGAUUGAAAGUGUGGAAAUGAAGAGAAAGACAUGAUGAAGAAGAAGAAGAAGAAGCAGAUGGGAAGAGGGGAGGGGUGUCGGAGGAUUCAAAGUGGUGCAGGUGGGGGAAGAGAAACCUCAGGAGACUCGUGGUGUUAUCUCAGGAGGGAGACGUAAAAUCACAUCACAACGACAAGAAGAAACACACAAACAGGACACAGUGAUCCAAGAGAGAGAAAGUCUGACAGUUGAAUAACAACUCGUCUUCUCUUCCUGAGAAUAAAACCGACCGUGAUACAGAGAGAGCGAGGAGGAGACAAUGAGCUGGAGAAUCACAAAUGAAUGGAGCUGCAAAUGAGAGGAAACAAGAAGAAGCUUAAUCCGGCCUUUCAUUCUUUUAAUUACACUCCAAUUAAACGCAGACAAACAGCCUCUCGUUAACAAGAGGCUCGGUUUAGGAAGGACGGUAAAAGAUUUGCAAACGAACGCCAUCAUUUCGGAUCCUCAGCUUCUAAAUGGCCUAAAACAGCUUUAAAAUUUCUGUUUUUUAGAGUGAUAUUCAGGCGUAAAUUUAAGUUACGGUCAAACACACCGAGUUAGACUCCCCUAAAGAUUCAGAUUCAGACUUUAUUGUCAUUGUACAUCAACUUACAACGAAAUUAGUUUAGGAUGCUCUUUCCAGUGAGCAAAAAAAGCAAUAAAUAUAACAAUAAAUAUAAAAACAAUAAACUACUAAAAAAAACUUUAAAUGUUAAAAUAUACCAACUUCAGCAACGACCGCGCAAUAGCAAUACACAGCGGUCUACGUCUCCACACGCAAACCUCAAAACGCCACUCUAUAGCCACAAAUAAUGCUCAGAACAGCACCUAACUUCAUCAACAGGACAUAUAGGGUCCUAAUCACAUCACUGAACACCAAACAUCUUUUUGACUUAACACAACUCACCUACUCUCUUCCAGCAGCCGCUUGUUUGUAGGGGAGCCCUGACAAGUCGAUUACCAAGUGCAGCGGAGUUUCGCAGCUCAAGGAAGAACAUUUAUGAUCAUUUCUUCAUGGAAAUACAAUCAGACCGAGACACUAAGACAGAAGAACUACCGUGUCUGCAGAGCAAAAUGAUUAAUAUGAUGAUUAUUACUUUAAGGGAAUGAUAAAGAAAUGAUCAUAAAUGUUCUUCCUUGAGCUGCGAAACUCC